AUGAGGCUUGACGGGAAGGAGGCUCGAUCCUCUUCCAGCGCGACACGAGGCGACCGACAAUGUGAUGGAAGAUGCAAUGCUGCAGCACGCCAAGCUCCACAAGGAGCAACAUCAUCCUUACUAUACCACGGCAAGCGCACCAAAGCAGACACGCGCCACAUCGCUUAUCCUCACAACCGAGCAGGACCCUGUUUCAACCUUUUUCUCUACAGGCUACACACUGUACACUGUCAAGUUUUCCUUAACUGUGUUUUUGAAUAUUUUCGGACAGGCCGGUUGUGCGCGCUCACGAGGAACGAAUCGCCUGCAUCACCCCUGCAGCGAGCCGCUGAAGACAGGAGCAUUCAGCAGCCACAUCAUCGCCAGAGACUUGAGGCCAAGACCAAAAGGCUACGACAAUGCUUCAAAAGUAGAAGGGUGAUACAUCAGAAAGGAUGUACGUCACACACAGACACCACCAUGAGCGAUGACAGGGGCGUUCCGCGUAAGAGAGCUUGGAUUGCCGCGACGGCUGCAUGCGGGCCCUCUCUGGCUGCAUCGGCUCAGUCUAUUCGAGCACAGAUGUUCAAGUCGAUGAUCGGGCAAGUGCUCGCGUCAAGUGCCGAUGUCGACAUUUGA